AUUUUUGAAUAGAUAGAUAAUUAAGUAGAAAUAAUAGUUUUUAUUAAAUUAUUCAUAAUCUUGAAAUACCUUAGAGAAUAAAUGGAUUUUAAUAUAACAAAUGAUGAUGCAUCUUUAAGCGUACACAUGAAUAGUAUUUAGUUCAAUAUCAAAGAUCAUUAAGAUUUGCAAAAAAUGAAUAAAAGAUAAUCUGAAACAUUAAGUUACUGCACAAGCGAAGACUUAAAAACUGAAGAAUUAACUCAAACAAAAUAUAAAAUCUAAAAAAAUUAAAGUGAUACUUAAAAUGAUGAUUUUUUGUUAAAUCCUAAUAAAGAAGAAAGUAGUUAUUAGAAUUCAUUAUUUAAAGUAUAGUUUACUACUGUUGAUAAUAAAGAGCAAAGUAGAAAAGAAGAAGAUUAUGAUGAUUAAGAAAAGAAGCUAAAAUACUUGAUAACAGAUAAAAGUAAAUCAAAAGGGAAGUACUUCUCAAAAGAGAAUUCAUAAUAUUAUGAUAAUGAAGGUAAAUAAAAAAUGGAUUCAAGCCCAAAUUUAGAUAAUAUUUAGAAAAAUUAUCCUACUAGGCUAAUUAAAGCAAUUAAUUUACUAGUAAACGUGAAGAGCUUUUACCGCCUUUUAACAAAAAAUACAAGGAUUUUAGGAAAAUUGACUAACAAAUAGCAUUACUUGAUUAAUGAUGCUACUUCUGUUUAUUACAUUCUAAUGGAAUCUAACAACUAAAGCUUGUUAUAUCACUUUCCAAAACUUAAGCAACCUUACAAUCUCUCUAAGUUUAUAUGGGAUAUUUUAUAAGCCAUUCUAAUUUUGAGUGUUAUGUUUUUAUUCAGCUUAGUGACGUUUUUUUAGAUGAGCACAAUUUAAUUUAUUACAUUUUUUUAAGUGGUUUUUAUUCUUUUUGUCUUAGACAUGCUAUUAACAUUCAAUACAGCAAUUUUGGAGAAAGGUGAGGUUAUUUUUGACAGAAAAAAGGCUGCUAUAACUUAUUUAAAAAGAAAUUUUAUCAUGGACUAAAUUGCACUCUUGCCUUUAUUCAUGUUUUUCUUCAACAUAUAAUUAUAGGGGUUGUAUUCUUGGGCUAUUUAUUUUUAAAUCCUUAUGAAAUUAUAUGUUCUUUCAGAUAUAUUUGACAGGUUAACUUAUUAUUUAAAUUAUUAAAAGAAUAUGAAAAACAUUGUUGACAUAGUUAAGCUCAUCUUUAUUAUUGGCUGUGUUUGUCAUGUUUUUUGUCUUUUUUGGCAUGGACUCGCUAUAUAUGAAAUAAAACAGGGAUGUAAAAACACUUGGCUUUAAGUAAGAGGAAUUUAAGAUGAAGAUGUAUUUACUAGGUACGUCUAAUCUUUCUACUAUCUUGCUGUUACUAUGAUAACAGUGGGGUAUGGUGAUAUAACUCCAUAAACAACUUACGAAAUAAUAUUUUCAACUGUAACGAUGUUUGUAACGGGUUUUUUCUAUGCAUUCAGUUUGAAUAAAAUAGGUAUUAUAAUAGAUAAUUUAGAAAUGAAGGAUAAAUCUUAUAAGUAAAGUAUGCAGAUAAUACAUAGACUCAUGAGAUAAGAAAAGGUAUCGUAGGCUCUAAGAGUUCAAAUAUCUAACUAUUUAUAAUAUCUUUACAAGGAAUCAGAUGAAAUAGCUAAAUAAUAAGAAAGCGAUAUUAUAAACAAGCUUUCAAAAAAGCUGAAGUCUGAUCUUGUGUAAGAGGUUCAAGGAAAAUACUUAAAAGAUAUAGAAUUUAUUGAUAAAUUACAAACUAAAUUUAAAAUUGUUGAAAGUAUGGAAGAAUGCUUGUUCUCACCUGGUGAGUACAUAUUCAGACAGGGAGAAAUAGAUGACUGUGCUUUAUAUUACAUCGUGAAAGGCAGUGUUCAUAUCACUUAUGAGUAUUAAGAUGGAAACUAAACAAGAAGUUUAAUUUUAGCUGAAUUGAAGAAAUCUCAAUAUUUUGGAGAAAUGUAAUUUAUUCAAGGAAAUUAAAGAAUUAUGACAGCUUAAGCAAGUGAUUUCUGCAGGACAUACAAAAUUCCAAAAGAUUCCUUUUUUUAAAGUUUAAAAGAGAGUGAUUAAGAUUAUGAAAAUUUCCAAAUGUUAAAAGAAGCUUUCACAUUUAAAGAAAAUCAAAAAUUAUUUAAAAUAAAAUGCUACAUUUGUAAUAAGACAGAUCAUUUUUCAAUAAAGUGUCCCAAAAUUCAUUUAACAUUAUCUAAGUAGACAAUGAUUCAAAAAACAAACAAUUCUGUACCUCAUAUUGAGAGAACCAAGAAAGAAAGAAAAAGAGAAAGGUUUCACUCUCUGGAAAAAAAUUUUGAAACAACGGAUGCAAUCUUUCAAUUCUUAUAAAAAGAAGAAAACCUUACAUAAUUGUAGUAAUUGGAAGAAGAACUACAUCUAAGUUAAGAUGAGGCUUUUAUAGAAGAGUGCCUUUAAGAGCUUAAAGAUCUAGAAAAAGCAUAAGAACUACAAAAUUUAGAAAAUAGUUUGGUAAAAUAAGACAAAUUUGAUAGUAAUCCAUAAAGAAUUAAAGAAGAGUAAUAAGAGGAAGAAGAUAAUGAUAGCUAAGAUAAUGACAAUAAUAAAAAUUAAAAUGUUUCUAUACAAGAUUAAAAUAAAGUUAAAAUGUAGGUGUAAACUUGUUAAAGUAACUCUUUAAAUUUAAGUUAAACAUAUUAGAACCGGAACUCAUCUUUUGGUGAAAUAAAAAAUCAAUAAGAAAUUCCUAUUUAAUAAUUUUAAAGAAAUCAAUCUAUUAAAAUGAGUAAAAAAAAUGAAGCUAUUCCGGAUUAAUAGUAUCUUAAUUAACAGUUUUCAGUAACUAGUUCAAAAAAUUCAAUAAGUUAAUAUUAAAUUAUAUAUGGGGAUUAAAGAUCAAGUUCACUUUGUAAUUCUAAGAAAUCUUGCACUCUACAAAAGACUAGCAGUUUAUCCUAAAGUUUGAACGAAUAAAUAAACUAAACAAGAAGUAAAAUUUAAACGAGCUCUAGUCCAAAAGCAAAUAUCAUUUUAUAAUAGCCAAACGAAGGUGGGUUAAAAAAUAGUUCUUUUGAUUAAAGAGUCAGAUAAAUAAAUAAUGAAAAUAGCAAUCAAUAGUAAAAAUCUUCAGAUAAUAAACAUAGUUUUUUAUCCACAGCUUCAUAAUAAAUUAAUUAUUCAAAUAACGAGAAUCAUGAGCUUGAAAAAUAGCCAAAUAUAAAAACAUUUUUACAUAGAAAAUCCUUCAGUUUAUCUAUUUUGGAAGAAAAUGAAACAUAGUAACAAAAAUAGAUAAAUCAAAGCUAAUUCAAACCUUAAAUGAAUUAAAAGUAAAAGGAAGGCUAUUAAGUUGAUUCAACUGAAUAACCUUAAAAUGAAUAAAAUUUAAUUAAUAAACCUUAUCAUAGCAAAGAUAUUUAAUAAAAUGAGAAAUAAAAUAUUCCCAAUAGAAUAAGAAAAUCUAAAUCAUUUGAUGAAAGCUUUUAUUAGUAAAUUAAAGAUUAAUUAGAAUUAGAUAAAAUUCCAAAAUAAUAUAAUCAAAUUAAUGAUAGAGAUUCAAACUAAAUUAAAUUACUUUAAAAAUUAGAGAAGUUAAAUAGCUUUAAAUAAAAUCAAUAUUAAAAGACAAAUACUCUAUCUUUAUAUACUAAAAAUCGUUCUAAAUAGGGAAGUGUUAACAGUUAUUUAGGUUCCUUAGCUUCAUUAAACUCUAAUGAAAUAAAUUUCGAAAUACCUUAGAACUAGUAAAACAGUAUUUCAAAUAGAAGAAAAAGUAAAAGAUUAACUAUAUUGAGGUAGAUGAUGCAAUAAAAGAGAUAAUCCUUGAUAUCAUCGCCAGCAGUGUAGCUGCAAAUAAUAAAUCAGAUUCAAAAUUAAUAAAUUAAAAAUUAAACUUUUGAUAUAAAUUAAGCAGAUUCGAAUUUAUAAUUUUCAAACAAAUUUAAUAAUGAAAAUACCUAAAAUUAUCCAUCAAGGAAUUCUGGUAUAGUUCAGUAGGUUAAUUAAAAUAGAGGUAGCAUCAAUACAAUACAAAAUUAUCUUUCCUAAGCUUUUUUACAGCCUCAUUUUCAGCCUUUGAACAAUCAGAGGAAUUCACAUAUUAUGAAUAAAAAUCUAAAUAAAUCUCCACAUUAAGAUUUUAAUAAAAGCAGAUUAUCAAACACUUAACUUUUUGGUAACUUAGAUCUUAAUAAUAAAUUAGUAGAGACUUUAACAGAUAUUAAUAUGAGAGAAAAUACAAAGAAAACAUUAUUAGCUUCAGAAUUAUAAUUGCCAAUAGAUAACAAUUUACUUUAUUAAGCAGAAAUACUUGAAUAAGAUCAAGAUUAUUCAUAGCAAUCUGGAGAUUCAAGCUAUUAUAUGCUGCAACUAUUUGAGAAAUUUAAAAUUUAUAAAUAUUACUAUCCUAACUGCAAUAUAGGUGUAGUUAUAUAAUCCUUUAAAUAGAGUUGGGAAUAAUAAAGUAAAUUAAAACAAUCUAUAAGGCAGAAACAAUCAUCACGAAACACACUUCUAAGUAAAAAAAUGAAUAAAUUCAAUGAAAAGAUUUACAAUUUAAAGAAAACUAAAGAUAUGUCUUAUAAAAAUAUUUUUUGA